AUGAGAGAGGGAACGGGGUGCUGAUACGGAUGAACUACAUCAAGAAGACCUGUACAGACCCGAAAACACGGCCGUCCUUCCUGGCAGAUAAAACCAUGGAGCCCGCCAUCAAGUACAUCAACAAGAAAUUCCCCAGCAUCGACUUCAGAGGAAACAUUCAACAUCUGACCAGCAUACAGCGAAAGAAAUCUGAAGUGUUGGCGGCCAUGUCAAGCUACUAUGACUCUUUCAUGGAUGUCAUCGAGUUCAGGGACCACGUUUACGAGCUGCUGAACACCAUAGAUGCCUGUCAGUGCUUCUUUGAUAUUUCAAUCAACUUUGACUUCACCAAGAACUACCUGGAUCUGAUCAUCACCUACACUUCUGUUAUCAUCAUGCUCUCUCGCAUCGACGACAAGAAGGCACUGGUGGGCAUGUUCAACUGCGCCCAUGAGAUGACCAACGGAAGCAGUGACCCCUCCUACCCACGACUCGGCCAGAUGUUCGUGGAGUACGAGCAUACUUGGAAGAAGCUCACGGAGGAGUUUGGCCCUCACACAAGGUCGGUGACGUCUGCGCUGCUGUCUCUGAGGAUGGUCUACCCACGCAGGAACCUGCCAGCAGAGCAGUGGCGGAGCGCCCAGCUCCUCAGCCUGCUCAGCGCUCCAGCUGCCAUGAUGGACCCAGCCUGCUGCAACACCAUGGCAUGUGAAUAUCUGUCUAUGGAGGUGAUGGAGCGGUGGAUCAUCAUCGGCUUCCUGUUGUGCCACACCAGCCUGAAUACAAACCAGGCGUCCCAGGAGCUGUGGAAGAUGGCCCUGCGAAGCGGCCUGUACCUCACCCUCACCAGAGAUGAGGUGCUCAAUAUACACAAGGUCUCCGAGGACCUCUUCGACGGCAUUAAAGGAUAUAGCAAGAGGAUUGCAGACAUCAAAGAGUGUCGUGAGCAUGUGAUAGUUAACUGUGGAGUGAUGCACAGAGAGCGGAGGCAGUUUCUGAGAGGAGCGCUGAAGGAAUUAUUCAAUGUCCUGGAGGAUGAACCCGGACUCCUGGGACCAAAGGCCCUGUUUGUCUUCAUGGCUCUGUCGUUUUCCCGUGACGAGGUCCUGUGGCUCGUCCGGCACUCUGAGAACAUGCCGAAGAUAAAGACGCCCGAGGACUACAUUGACAAUCAGAUGGCAGAGCUGCUGUUCUACAUAGAGAAGUUACGAGGUCUGAUGAGAAAGUGCAGCUAUGUGGUUCAGCGCUACCAUGUCCAGUACCUGGCGCAGUUUGACGCCUUGGUCCUUAACGACACCAUACAGAACAUAUAUGUGUGUCCAGAAGAGGAGUCGGUCCUGAUGAGCUCGUUCGUCUCCACCCUGUCUGCUCUGUCAAUCAAACAAGUGGAAAACAAAGAGGAGUUUGACUUGAGAGCGCUGAGACUGGACUGGAUGAGGUUGCAGGCCUACACCAGCGUGAACAAAGCCCCUCUGCCAAUAAAGGACUACGUGGAUUUGCCGAAAGUGAUGAACAUGAUUCAGUUUCACACCAGGAUGGUGGACAGUUUGGACGAACUCCUGUAUGAGACGUCUGAGUUGUCCAUUCUCAGCUUCUACCCGCGUGUCUUCGAGAAGAUGUUCAGCCAGAGCAGUGAAGAGAUGACCAUGAAGCGUUACCUCAUGGCCUUCCCCUCUGUGUGCUCUCAGUUCAGCCUGUGUGGGCACCCUCUCUGCCCAGAAGAGAUAGAGGCAAUGGAGAAGAGGAGUCUGCGCCUGUGUGUGACCUUCCUGGAGCAGAUAGCCAAGCAGACCAGCACUGUUGUGUUGGAGAUAUGUGCUGAGCAGUGCAACCUCAAUGACCAGCUGCAGCCCAAACACUGUGCCGAGGCCAUCAGCGCCGCUCGCCACAGGAAACAAAAGAAGCAAGUGCCAAAGAAGGGAGAGGUCCUGAAAGAGAAGCCGGGCGCUGAAAGCCUGAGGAAAGACCGGAGCGUCGUCACCAAUGUGGACAAGAUGCAUCUGAUGCUGACAGAGCUCUGCUCCUGCUACAGCCUCUGCACUGACUUCAUCGUCUUCGACCACAUCGUCGUCCCCACAGAGUUCCUCAUUUCUCAUCUGGAGACGCGCCUCUCUGAGAUCAUCGUGAGAAUGGCCAAUUACAACCAGACCACCCAGGAGAUAGCCCGUCCCUCGGACCUCCUGGCAGGAUUAAGAGCCUACACGGCCAGCGUGCAAAGCCUCUCCAGCUACAUCAACGUGGAUGUCACUCGGCUGGUGAAGAAUGUCCUGCUGCAGCAGACGCAGCCGCUGGACUCCCGUGGAGUGCAGACCAUAACGACACUCUAUACAAACUGGUUCCUGGAGAGUCUCUUGCGUCAGGCCAGCAACUCCCUCAUCAUUCACUGUCCCGCGAUGCACUGCUUUGUAAACCAGACGACAGAAAACGACCCAAAUUUCAGAGCAGAGGAGUUUUCAGAUGUGUCAGAGUUACAGGCCCUGGCUGAGCUAAUUGGUCCAUAUGGCCUGAAGUUUAUGAGCGAGAACCUGAUGUGGCACAUCACCUCUCAAGUCAGUGAGCUGAAGAAACUAGUGAUUGAGAAUAUGGACAUCCUGGUACAGAUGAAAAACAACUUUGAUAAGCCAGAGGAAAUGGCCAAUCUGAAAAGGAGGCUGACAGGUGGAGAGAACGUGCUGAAGAGGAUGACCAUCAUCGGGGUGAUCCUGUCCUUCAGAGCGAUGGCGCAGGACUGUCUGAAACAUAUCCUGCUGAAGCACUGCCCGUACCUGAUGGGGCCCCUCGAGUGCCUGAGAGACUUCAUUGUCCCGGAAGAUGACAUCAAGGUGACUCUAAGCGUCUACGAGCUGGCGUCUGCUGCAGGGUUGGCAUGCGAUAUUGAUCCGGCCCUCAUCGCAGCUAUCAGCAGCAUGCAGACAGAUAACACGUCAGUGGACGAGGAGUACAAGCUGUCCUGUCUGCUGCUCGUCUUCAUCGCCGUGUCCCUGCCCACCCUGGCCUUGGACCCCAACUCCUUCUACAGCCGAGAGCAUGGCGGCCACAACAAUAACGUCCACUGUUUAGCUGUGGCCAUCAACCAGGUGGCUGCUGCCAUGUUCACCGUUCAGGGAAAGAACAUCGAGCAGCACCUCAAAGAGUUUCUCCUGAUGGCCUCCAAUGCUCUGCUUCAUCUGGGACAGAACACGGAGAGAGUGGACUUGAAAAACCGAGAGUCCGUCUACCUGCUCCUACACAUGAUUGUGGAGGAAUCUCCGUUCUUGAGUCAGGACAUGCUGGAGAGCUGCUUCCCAUAUGUUCUGCUCCGAAACGCCUACAGAGAGGUGUACAAGUCCUUCGUCAUCACUCUGGGCUGAAGGCUCAGUCAAUCACUUCAAACCUUUAACCUUUAUUUAUCCAAGGGACUUUAUUUUAAUGUGCAAGCAUGUUUUUUGCUUUCAUAACCACUCAGUGUCUUAUUCAUACAGGUCAUUCACACCUGGUUAACCGCAGCCUAAGAGACUUUCCUGUCCUACUUAGAGUUGAUAAUGCUUCCUGUGAGUCAGCCCUCAUUGUCUCACCAUUACAUUUUAUGAAAAGUAGACUUGCUUUAAUCUGGCGGUAUCACUGUGUAGAUUUGACUUCAGUAUUAUUACUAAAAGUUGUUCAAAUGCAAGUCAGGCAUAUUCUCUAACAUCCCCUUUUGUAUUUUUACUGUGCUGUGUGAGACAGUAUGUCUCUGCCGUGACAUGUUUAGAAUCAAACCACAUGUAUGAAGGUUUUUAAUAGAUUUGUGUAUUAAUAGUUGGUGUUUAACAUGUUCUAUGAAUAAAGAUGAUAACAAUA